AUGCAUGAUUCAACGGAAAACCGCAUCAUUGAUAACUGGUCAAAUACCUUCUCCAAAGCUGAAGACUCGAGAGAAAACGUUUGCCACAACCAGUCGUCAAGCAACUCGUCUAACUCUUCCUUCAACUUGCAAGGCUCAAGAGAAGAUUUCCAUCAAAUUCAGUCUUCAAUCACCUCCCCAACUCCAUGCUGUGCACCAAAACAACCUAUACUGAAGGAAUGCAAUCAAAAGAAGUUCGGGAAUGAAAAAACAAGUAGAGAUUUUAAUCCACAAUGGUACAAAACGUAUCCUUGGAUUAGUUUUGAUAUUGAACGCCGUCAGUGUGUAUGCUUUGCGUGUAGAGAAUUCAUGAGAGAUAAUACGUUCACUUUCGAUAACUGGAAAAGAAGUGACAGGCUCAAAAAGCACACAAAGAGUGGUGUUCACAAAAACGCAAUGGCCAAGUGGAUCAACUCAAGGAUCAGUGCAAAGCACAAAACAUCUGUAAUGAAACAAUUAACAGACGCUCAUCAAAAAGAUGUUCUACGCACCCGCGAGUAUUUGCGUAUAAUCAUUACCAGCAUAUUCUAUAAUGCACAGCAAAACGUGGCUUUACGAGGACACGAGGAAAACAGAAAUGAUAUCGGCAAAAUGUCCGACAUAAAUAGAGGAAACCUAUUGGAAUUAUUACACCUCAGAUGCGAUGACAUCCCGUGGCUCGACGAAAAGCUACAAAGUCAACAUAAGCUUCACGCUCAGUGGACAUCGCCAUCUAUUCAGAAUGAGAUAUUAGAAAUUACAUCUAGAUUUCUUGUCGAGCGAAUCAAUCAGGAUGUACUAUUAAGCCGUAACUUUGCUCUAAUCAUGGAUGAAACUUCAGAUAUCAGCCGCAUAGAGCAGGUAUCAAUCUGCCUAAGGUAUGUUUUGACUGGCAAAACAUUAGAGACUUUCAUCGGAUUUUUUUCGACAGCAUCAACAGAAGGCGAAGUUUUAUUUGAACUUGUAAAGAGGAUCAUCACUGAACGUGGCUUGAAGUUAGAGGAUAUUGUUGCCGAGUGCUUCGAUGGUGCAUCCAAUAUGAGUGGCGUUCGGAAAGGCGUAGCGGCACGAAUGAAAGAAUGCUCACCGCGAGGAGUAUAUAUACAUUGUUACGCGCAUAUCCUUAACUUGGCACUGCAAGACACUAUGAGUGAUGUGCAGCCACUCCGAAAUGCACUAGGGACAUUACAAAGUCUGUAUAAUUUCUUGGAGGCAAGUCCAAAACGUCAUGCCGUGUUUAAUUAAUUCUGUUAAGAUAGAUGGUGAUCACCUUGUUCUCACGCUAAAAUCUUUGAGUGAAACGAGAUGGUCCUGCAGAUGGGAAGCAGUAAAAGCAGUCAGGGAGCAAAUGCCGAAAAUUAUCAAAGCUCUUCUCAUUUUAACAAAGGAUAAGGAUACUAAGACGUACACGGACAGCGUUGCCAUUUUGAAUGCCAUUUGUGAUUUUGAAUCCGUAUUUGGCUCGAUUCUUCUGAAGGUGAUAUUAUCAAAUACAAGCAGUCAAAGUAACCAUCUACAAGGGAAAGGCGUCGACGUUAUCACUGCAAAAAGAAAUGCUGAUCUCACGAUCAACACGCUCCGUAAAUGUCGCAACGAAAAGAAUUUUGAACUCUUGUGGGAAAGAGCACAUGCAGAUCAUGUCCAAUGA